AUGCCUAGCGCGGGAUCCAGAGAGAGAGCGGGACGGUGGCGAGUGCCGGUAGCGCCAGCGGUGCUAGCCGCCCUGGCGUUACUACUGAUCAGUGCAACCGGCGUACAGUCAGGCGGCAAAACGACUGCCCGCGUUUGCCUCGCUAAUGUGGCUGUUUAUAGCAGCAAUACCGCGAUUGGUCUAUGUUCGUCGGCAGUUUAUACUGCGGUCAAACCCGGUACCAACGGUGACAUCGCCUACGUCACCGCCAACACAGCCAACGUGCUCAGUGGUCUGACGUCGUUCUGCAAUCGCAAGCAGACCUAUCCGUACGUCGAGCUGUACGUGGGGGUGCGCGCAGCCGGAUCCGAUGCCGCCCUGGCCACCAUGCUGUCCGAUGCCACCGUACGGGCUACCUUCAUCACCAAGCUCAUCCAGUUCGUGCAGUCGAACGCCGGCUGCACCGGUAUCUACAUUGAUCUGCAGCCGCUGACUGUUGCGCAGUCGGCUAACUACGGUUUGUUCAUGGAGAAGCUGUUUACAGACGCCACCGCUGCCCAGGUGAAGGUGGCGUCCGGGCUACCCUGGAACUCGCUCAAGUUCGCUGACAUCUACUACAAUCCGACACUGCCCAAACUUGCGUUCAACGUGCUGAAGACGUUCGAGGAUAUGUACACUACGCUACCGACGACGGUGCGACCGAUUGCGCCGCUCUUCGCCAUGAGCGCACCGUUCGACUCGAACGACCUGACGAUCUUUAACAAUCUCUUCCGGUGGAUCAUUAAGGGAUUCAACCCACAGAACAUCGUGCUGGGCCUUCCGAUGUUCAGCUUCAAGUACACCAUUUCGGGAGCGACCCAAUUUGGUGCGCUCGGUUCUACUGCACCCGUCACCGAUACCUACUGUAAUGCACUACUGUUUGCCACCAACCCACAAAACGUCCAGCGCGAUGUGAUCGCGGGCGAGACGUUGGCUACCGGCGCCACCACGACAUACGUCUUCAACACGUUGGAUGCGGCCCUGCAAAAGUUGAAUUUUGCAACCGGCAACAACCUGGCGGGGAUUGCGCUUUCGACCCUGAAUCAAGCUGGUAGCGCAAAUGCGGAGUUGCUACGUUAUGUAACGAGCCAGUUGGCACCAACACCGCCGGUUGGAUUCAGCUAUCCAGCGGCAACAUUUGCGACCUGUGGUAUACCGGUCACCUUCCCCCCGGUUCCAACGACGACCACUACCGCCGCAGCCACAGCAACAACUGCUGCACCAACUACCACCGCUGCGCCAGGAGCGACUACCGCUGCACCCGGCGCGACUACCGCUGCGCCAGGAGCGACUACCGCUGCACCCGGCGCGACUACCGCUGCGCCAGGAGCUACUACCGCUGCGCCAGGAGCUACGACCGCUGCUCCAGGAGCUACCACCGCUGCUCCAGGAGCUACGACCGCUGCUCCAGGAGCGACCACCGCUGCGCCAGGAGCUACUACCGCUGCGCCAGGAGCUACGACCGCUGCUCCAGGAGCGACUACCGCUGCGCCAGGAGCUACUACCGCUGCGCCAGGCGCUACGACCGCUGCGCCAGGAGCGACUACCGCUGCUCCAGGAGCUACGACCGCCGCUCCAGGAGCUACGACCGCUGCGCCAGGAGCUACGACCGCUGCGCCAGGAGCGACUACGGCUGCUCCAGGAGCUACGACCGCUGCGCCAGGAGCGACUACGGCUGCUCCAGGAGCGACUACCGCUGCUCCAGGCGCGACUACCGCUGCUCCAGGAGCGACUACCGCUGCGCCAGGAGCGACUACAGCUGCGCCAGGAGCGACUACCGCUGCUCCAGGAGCUACGACCGCUGCUCCAGGAGCUACGACCGCUGCGCCAGGAGCGACUACCGCUGCGCCAGGAGCUACGACCGCUGCUCCAGGAGCGACCACCGCUGCUCCAGGAGCUACGACCGCUGCGCCAGGAGCGACUACCGCUGCCCCAGGAGCGACUACCGCUGCACCAGGCGCGACUACCGCUGCUCCAGGAGCUACGACCGCUGCACCAGGUGCGACUACGGCUGCUCCAGGAGCUACGACAGCUGCGCCAGGAGCUACCACCGCUGCUCCAGGAGCUACGACCGCUGCUCCAGGAGCUACGACCGCUGCUCCAGGAGCUACGACCGCUGCUCCAGGAGCUACCACCGCUGCUCCAGGAGCUACGACCGCUGCUCCAGGAGCUACCACCGCUGCGCCAGGAGCGACUACCGCUGCUCCAGGAGCUACGACCGCUGCUCCAGGAGCUACGACCGCUGCGCCAGGAGCGACUACCGCUGCGCCAGGCGCUACGACCGCUGCUCCAGGAGCGACCACCGCUGCUCCAGGAGCUACGACCGCUGCGCCAGGAGCGACUACCGCUGCCCCAGGAGCGACUACCGCUGCACCAGGCGCGACUACCGCUGCUCCAGGAGCUACGACCGCUGCACCAGGUGCGACUACCGCUGCUCCAGGAGCUACGACAGCUGCGCCAGGAGCUACCACCGCUGCUCCAGGAGCUACGACCGCUGCUCCAGGAGCUACCACUGCUGCUCCAGGAGCUACGACCGCUGCGCCAGGAGCUACGACCGCUGCUCCAGGAGCUACGACCGCUGCGCCAGGAGCUACGACCGCUGCUCCAGGAGCGACUACCGCUGCGCCAGGAGCGACCACCGCUGCUCCAGGCGCGACUACCGCUGCUCCAGGAGCUACGACAGCUGCUCCAGGAGCUACGACCGCUGCUCCAGGAGCUACGACAGCUGCGCCAGGAGCGACUACCGCUGCUCCAGGCGCGACUACCGCUGCUCCAGGAGCUACGACAGCUGCACCAGGAGCUACCACCGCUGCUCCAGGAGCUACGACCGCUGCUCCAGGAGCUACGACCGCUGCUCCAGGAGCUACGACCGCUGCUCCAGGAGCUACCACCGCUGCUCCAGGAGCUACGACCGCUGCUCCAGGAGCUACCACCGCUGCUCCAGGAGCUACGACCGCUGCUCCAGGAGCUACCACCGCUGCGCCAGGAGCUACGACCGCUGCUCCAGGAGCUACGACCGCUGCUCCAGGAGCGACUACGGCUGCUCCAGGAGCGACUACCGCUGCACCAGGAGCGACUACCGCUGCUCCAGGAGCUACCACCGCUGCGCCAGGAGCGACUACCGCUGCGCCAGGAGCGACUACCGCUGCACCAGGAGCGACUACCGCUGCUCCAGGAGCUACAACCGCUGCGCCAGGAGCUACCACCGCUGCUCCAGGAGCGACCACCGCUGCUCCAGGAGCUACGACCGCUGCUCCAGGAGCUACCACCGCUGCGCCAGGAGCUACGACCGCUGCUCCAGGAGCUACGACCGCUGCUCCAGGAGCGACUACGGCUGCUCCAGGAGCGACUACCGCUGCACCAGGAGCGACUACCGCUGCUCCAGGAGCUACCACCGCUGCUCCAGGAGCUACCACCGCUGCUCCAGGAGCUACCACCGCUGCGCCAGGAGCGACUACCGCUGCUCCAGGAGCUACGACCGCUGCUCCAGGAGCUACCACCGCUGCUCCAGGAGCUACGACCGCUGCUCCAGGAGCUACCACCGCUGCGCCAGGAGCGACUACCGCUGCUCCAGGAGCUACGACCGCUGCUCCAGGAGCUACGACCGCUGCGCCAGGAGCGACUACCGCUGCGCCAGGCGCUACGACCGCUGCUCCAGGAGCGACCACCGCUGCUCCAGGAGCUACGACCGCUGCGCCAGGAGCGACUACCGCUGCUCCAGGAGCUACGACAGCUGCGCCAGGAGCUACCACCGCUGCUCCAGGAGCUACGACCGCUGCUCCAGGAGCUACCACUGCUGCUCCAGGAGCUACGACCGCUGCGCCAGGAGCUACGACCGCUGCUCCAGGAGCGACUACCGCUGCGCCAGGAGCGACUACCGCUGCUCCAGGAGCUACGACCGCUGCACCAGGUGCGACUACCGCUGCUCCAGGAGCUACGACAGCUGCGCCAGGAGCUACCACCGCUGCUCCAGGAGCUACGACCGCUGCGCCAGGAGCUACGACCGCUGCUCCAGGAGCGACUACCGCUGCACCAGGCGCGACUACCGCUGCUCCAGGAGCUACGACCGCUGCACCAGGUGCGACUACCGCUGCUCCAGGAGCUACGACAGCUGCGCCAGGAGCUACCACCGCUGCUCCAGGAGCUACGACCGCUGCUCCAGGAGCUACCACUGCUGCUCCAGGAGCUACGACCGCUGCGCCAGGAGCUACGACCGCUGCACCAGGAGCUACGACCGCUGCGCCAGGAGCUACGACCGCUGCUCCAGGAGCGACUACCGCUGCGCCAGGAGCGACUACCGCUGCUCCAGGCGCGACUACCGCUGCUCCAGGAGCUACGACAGCUGCUCCAGGAGCUACGACCGCUGCGCCAGGAGCUACCACCGCUGCUCCAGGAGCUACGACCGCUGCGCCAGGAGCUACGACCGCUGCACCUGGAGCGACUACCGCUGCUCCAGGAGCUACAACCGCUGCUCCAGGAGCGACUACGGCUGCGCCAGGAGCUACCACCGCUGCUCCAGGAGCGACUACCGCUGCGCCAGGAGCGACUACCGCUGCUCCAGGAGCUACAACCGCUGCGCCAGGAGCUACCACCGCUGCUCCAGGAGCUACGACCGCUGCGCCAGGAGUUACGACCGCUGCACCAGGAGCGACUACCGCUGCUCCAGGAGCUACAACCGCUGCGCCAGGAGCUACUACCGCUGCUCCAGGAGCUACGACCGCUGCUCCAGGAGCUACAACCGCUGCGCCAGGAGCUACGACCGCUGCGCCAGGAGCUACGACCGCUGCACCAGGAGCGACUACCGCUGCGCCAGGAGCUACCACCGCUGCGCCAGGAGCUACGACCGCUGCUCCAGGAGCUACGACCGCUGCUCCAGGAGCGACUACGGCUGCUCCAGGAGCGACUACCGCUGCACCAGGAGCGACUACCGCUGCGCCAGGAGCUACCACCGCUGCUCCAGGAGCUACCACCGCUGCUCCAGGAGCUACCACCGCUGCGCCAGGAGCGACUACCGCUGCGCCAGGAGCGACUACCGCUGCACCAGGAGCGACUACCGCUGCUCCAGGAGCUACAACCGCUGCGCCAGGAGCUACCACCGCUGCUCCAGGAGCUACGACCGCUGCGCCAGGAGCUACGACCGCUGCACCUGGAGCGACUACCGCUGCUCCAGGAGCUACAACCGCUGCUCCAGGAGCGACUACGGCUGCGCCAGGAGCUACCACCGCUGCUCCAGGAGCGACUACCGCUGCGCCAGGAGCGACUACCGCUGCUCCAGGAGCUACAACCGCUGCGCCAGGAGCUACCACCGCUGCUCCAGGAGCUACGACCGCUGCGCCAGGAACCAACAUGAGGGAGCUGACAUCCGCCACCUUACUACUGGUCCUGCUAGUGUGCGGUCUUACCACUGUUGCAGCACAGAAACAACGUGUAUGCUUAGCUCAGAUAGCCAGCUAUGGUAACGGUACAGCGUUUGGCUUUUGUAACCAAGCAGUCUAUCUGGCACUUCGUCUAAAUAGCAAUGCAGCGAUAACCUACGUCAGCACAUCCAUGACGAGUGCAGCAGUCGAAGCGAGUAUAAGGGCAUUUGUCGGCUACAAAACGUCGUACCCCAAUGUCGAUUUCUAUUUGGGAGUUGACGCGCUACAGGGAGUCUAUGAUGCUUGGAUAACGAAUGCCAACAAUAGGGCAACUGCUAUUUCUGCGAUCAUAUCACAGUUACAAACAUAUUCAGCAGCAGGUGUCUAUAUCGACAUCGUAAAUGUAGCACCAAAUCGAGGUCCGUUUUACCGUAACUUUAUAACAGAAUUGCUAGCAGCGACCACUGCCGCCAACUUCAAGCUAGCCAUAGCGUUACCUUGGGAUUCGACCACAUACUACCAAAACUACCUACCUGCGGCCGGUACCCCCGUUCCUGCAGCCCAGUUCUUUUUGGUGAAAACGUACGAGGAUAUGUAUGUCGAUCAAACGACUAGGACGCACCCGAUCAGCCCUUUGUUCGCCCUGACGGCUCCGUUUAAUAUCGAAACCAAAACGAUAUACAACAAUGUGUUCCGGUGGGUUCUGAAUGGUAUUCCAACAGCUAAGCUGGCGCUUGGCUUGCCAAUGUACAGUCUGCGAUUCAUCGGAGCUGGCCCAACUGACUUCAAUGCGCCCGCCGCGGCUGCCGGUACUGAUACCUACUGCAACGCGCUGAUAUUUAGUGUUGCUCACACGCCGGGCCCUGCCCAAGCAGGGGAGGGAUUCGCAUAUACUUCGUCGGAAAUGAUGGUGUACAAUACAUUCCAGUCGGUCACCGAUAAGCUUAACUUUGCCACUGCCACCAACUUGUUCGGUGUUGCCCUAUAUUCAAUCGACCUGGCAGGCAGUGCGAAUGCUGAGUUACUGCGUUACGUUACUAGUGUGCUAGCACCUGUGCCACCACCUGGAGUGGUGUAUCCUGCGGCGGAACCAGCGACUUGUCAAGUUCCAAUAACGUUCCCUGUACCUCCGAUAACGACUACUCCUACACCAGCUACGACCGCUACACCAGCUACGACCGCUACACCAGCUACGACCGCUGCACCAGCUACGACCGCUGCUCCAGGAGCGACUACCGCUGCUCCAGGAGCGACUACAGCUGCGCCAGGAGCUACCACCGCUGCUCCAGGAGCUACUACCGCUGCUCCAGGAGCGACUACGGCUGCUCCAGGAGCGACUACGGCUGCGCCAGGAGCUACUACCGCUGCCCCAGGAGCGACUACGGCUGCGCCAGGAGCUACCACCGCUGCUCCAGGAGCUACGACCGCUGCUCCAGGAGCGACUACCGCUGCUCCAGGAGCUACGACCGCUGCUCCAGGAGCUACCACCGCUGCUCCAGGAGCUACGACCGCUGCGCCAGGAGCGACUACCGCUGCGCCAGGAGCUACGACCGCUGCUCCAGGAGCUACGACCGCUGCUCCAGGAGCUACCACCGCUGCUCCAGGAGCGACUACCGCUGCUCCAGGAGCUACUACCGCUGCGCCAGGAGCUACUACCGCUGCUCCAGGAGCGACUACCGCUGCGCCAGGAGCUACUACCGCUGCUCCAGGAGCUACGACCGCUGCGCCAGGAGCUACUACCGCUGCGCCAGGAGCUACUACCGCUGCUCCAGGAGCGACUACCGCUGCGCCAGGAGCUACUACCGCUGCUCCAGGAGCUACGACCGCUGCGCCAGGAGCGACUACCGCUGCGCCAGGAGCUACGACCGCUGCUCCAGGAGCGACUACGGCUGCUCCAGGAGCGACUACCGCUGCGCCAGGAGCUACGACCGCUGCUCCAGGAGCUACGACCGCUGCUCCAGGAGCUACCACCGCUGCUCCAGGAGCAACUACCGCUGCUCCAGGAGCUACGACCGCUGCGCCAGGAGCUACGACCGCUGCUCCAGGAGCGACUACCGCUGCGCCAGGAGCUACGACCGCUGCUCCAGGAGCUACGACCGCUGCUCCAGGAGCUACCACCGCUGCUCCAGGAGCGACUACGGCUGCUCCAGGAGCGACUACCGCUGCGCCAGGAGCUACGACCGCUGCUCCAGGAGCUACGACCGCUGCUCCAGGAGCUACCACCGCUGCUCCAGGAGCAACUACCGCUGCUCCAGGAGCUACGACCGCUGCGCCAGGAGCUACGACCGCUGCUCCAGGAGCGACCACCGCUGCUCCAGGAGCGACUACGGCUGCACCAGUAGCUACCACAACCGCUGCUCCACCUGUUAUCUGCGGCAUUUCCGUUCGUCCGGAGUACGGCAAUCUGGUGUCCGAGUACUGCAGCGGUAUUCAGAACGUAACCGCCUACAUAGCGCUAGGUCCCACCUGCGGGACAGUGUUGUAG